UCUUUAGAAACACAGACAGAAUCUUCGAAAAUGCCUUCCAAAGCAAAGCCUGUGUAUAAAGGAGGGGAAAGAAUGAAGUUUAUUGAGAUGUUGCAUCACAAAAGUCACUUUAGUAAAACAGAAGUGGAAAGAUUGCUACAAAUGCUGAAACAACAAUGUCCAAACAGUCCAAAAAUAAGGAUGGAUCGUAAUAAAUUCAAUGACUUUGUACACAAGAACUUUGAAAUGACAGAUGAAAUGAUAGUAGACAGAGUUUUCCGUGCAUUUGAUGAGGACAAUGAUGGCUUCAUCAAUGAGCUGGAAUGGGUGAAAGGUCUAUCUAUCUUUCUCCGUGGAACAAUGGAGGAAAAAACAAAGUUUUGCUUUGAUGUUUAUGAUAUGAAUGCUGAUGGGUAUAUAUCAAGAGAAGAAAUGUUCCACCUCCUGAAAAAUAGCAUACUAAAGCCCGCCACAGAGGAGGAUCCAGAUGAAGGAAUCAAAGAUCUGGUGGAGAUCACGCUAAAAAAAUUUGAUUAUGACCAUGACACAAGAGUGUCAUUUGAGGACUGGACUAAGUGUGUAAAGGAAGACAGUCUAUUACUGGAGGCAUUAGGACCUUGUCUGCCUAACCUUAAAACAAGAAAUGCCUUUCUUGAGCUUGUGAGUGAUGCCCAGCAUGAUACAGGCAUGAGCAUCUCAGCUCAGCAGAAAAUGAAAGGAAAAGUGACCUACUAACUGUUGCCUCUUCUAUAGGAAGUGACAUGGAACUGAAAUUUAAUUUAAAAUAUUCAUAGUUUGAAGUUUUGCACCCAACUACAUUUGCAAAUGAAGCAGUGCAAAAGAGAUUUUUUAUGUAAAUGUGAUUUAUAAUGAACUUGUUCAAAUAACAUUAGAUCAUUCAUUUUUUUAAAAUAGGGAUGGCAAUUGUAACCGGUUAAUCAAUUAAUCAGUUGGAACAAUGCUAAUCAGUUAAAAAAUCCUGAGUCGGUUAGUCAGAAAAAAUAUAAUUAUGUAAAUGUGAGCGCAGUUUCCUUAAAAUCCUUUCUGUAUAGAUUUUUAUUUAGUGUUUUUACACAUUUUAUAAUAAAGAAUAUUUGGAGGUAAUUAUAGGACUCCAGAUUGAAAUUGCAGGGUAAUUGGUCAAUUCAUAAAGUGUUAAUUACUGUUUUUAUAACAUCAUGCCAUUACCCACUGGCAGAUAGUCCUGUGGUUUUUUUAAUGAAAUUAAGAACAUCACUGUUAAGCACUUUUAAUUAAAGUAUGUCUAUAUUUUGCUGUUAUCUAUUAAAUUUUAUUUAAGGAAUGCAUCUUAUUUCAACUUAUAUUAUACGAUAUAACAUAACUUGGGGCAGUUUACGCUUUAUAAA